AUGCUAGCUGCCACCAUUUUCAUCGGCCUUGCUUGCAGCUCUCUGGCCAGAACAUCUACUGCAAACCUCAAUAUGUCGACUACCACAAUGGCUCAGCUAGGAUGUGAUGCAACGUGUCAGACUUACUUCCAAGCCGGAUUGGCCGCCGAUGUUGAGAUGUUCGGUACGGGCUUCGAUCCCGGCUUCUACAGCACCGCAAGCAACUUUACCGGUUCUGCUGCAGGUGAUCUGCUGAAGUUCGAAGCCAUCGAACCGAACACAGUCAACGUGAUCACCGGAACGACCGCCUACCGCUUCCAAUAUACUACACGGGACUUUGAACGGCACCCGCGUCCCCGCCACCGGAUUGAUCGGGAUUCCAUAUAUUUCGUUCCGACCCAAUGCAAAUUUUCCCGUGGUCGCCUAUGCAUACUGCAUCAUUGCUGGAGCCUCCUGAUUGAGAACGGGUACGCGGUCGUCGCGCCGGACUACGCGGGUCUCGGAAAUAAUACCACCCUCCAUCAGUACCUCUCGCUCCCUGCCCACGCCAACAACCUCUACUACGCCAUGGUCGCCGCGCGCAAGGCUCUGCCCCACACCUUCAUCUCGGAAUGGAUGAGCGUGGGUCACAGCCAGGGAGGCGGGGCCGUAUGGAAGCUGUUGGAGAGUGAACUGGUCAAAACCUACGGCGCGGGAGAACCCCUGGGCACCGUGGCUCUAGCACCCGUCAGCAGGAUCUACGAUAUGACAGUGCUCACGGCUGAAGCCGUUCUGACAGCCAGCAACUAUGCGAGCUAUGAUAUCACCUACGAAGCCCUCUGGCUGCCCCUCGCGCUCAAGCGCGUCACCCCUGGGAUCGACCUCUCUAUCGUCUCCAACACCUUCCUCCAGUGCGUCGACAUCGCUGAGCUCGCGCAGGUAUGCUACUAUAGCAUCAUGCCGCUAGGGUACGGUCUGAGGCCGUCAGAAAUAAUUAGAAACACGAGCGCACUCGUGAACAAUGUCCCUUUUCAAGCGGGGCAGGACGCAAUGGCCCCUGCCAAUGGAGGUACAUUGGAUACACCGAUGCGCAUCGUUCAGGGUUCAAACGACACCGAUAUCCUACCGCAGAUUUCCGUCCGCUCGUUCAACGCGAGUUGUCUAUCGGGCAAUGAGGUUCACAUGAGCGUCUAUGCGGACAUGGACCAUACCGAUGUCUUGAAGGCGAGUUCUCCUGAGUGGCUGGGGUUUAUUCGGGAUCGCUUCGAGCGGAAGUCGACUAGUGGCAGGUGUAGUGUCGUCCAGCAUGCAUCCCUUGACAGGGCUCAUUUGGGGACUGAGGCGGAGUCAAGUGAAGACACUAGUCUCUGA